AUGUCGUCGAGCUCAAUCAUCAAGGAACAGCCCGAGCCGGUGCCCGAACCAGAACCGACUCACACGCGCCGGUCCAUAUCCCAGGUCGUGCACGCGCACACGACACCUCUUUACGAGAAGGUGACAACGAAGCACGGAUGGGUCGGCGAGUACGACUAUGUGUGGCUGUGCACGCCAACGUUGCCGUUUACAAUCCCUGGUCUUGGAGGAAAGGACAAGCAGCGCCGGACGGGCCCGCCAUUCUACGCGCUCGAGAGCGAGCUGCCCAUUUUGCUGGCAAUGACGAGCGGCCUGCAGCAUGCAUUGGCCAUGCUCGCUGGCCUUAUUACUCCUCCAAUCAUCUUUGCGGGCACGUUGAACUUGGAUAGCGAAAUGUCAUCGUAUAUGAUUUCCGCGUCAUUGAUCGGAUGCGGGAUUCUUAGCCUUGUUCAGAUGUCUCGCAUACACCUCUUCAAGAACUUCUACCUUGGAACGGGCCUGCUCUCUGUCGUCGGAACGAGUUUUGCUACGCUAAGCACUGCAGACGCCAUCUUUGACACAAUGUAUAGCAACGGCAAGUGUCCGACGAGUGUUGCUGCAGAUGGAACGGUCACAAAGCUCGCAUGUCCCGAUGCAUAUGGAUAUGUACUUGGAACAUCCCUCAUAUGUUCAUUCCUCGAGAUUUUCAUGUCCUUUAUCCCGCCCCGCACGCUGAAGCGCAUUUUCCCUCCCAUGGUUACAGGCACGGUUAUUCUUAUGAUCGGCGCCAGCCUCGUCGGCUCAUCUGGCAUCCCGGACUGGGGAGGAGGGUCGAAUUGCGAGAGCCGUCCGACCUCGGGAGACUACAUGUAUUGUCCAAGCAACGACGCCCCACGGCCUGCCUUAUGGGGUUCGCCAGAUAUGAUCGGCCUCGGCUUCCUCUCGUUUAUUAGCAUCAUCCUAACCGAGCUCUUUGGCUCGCCCUUCCUCAAGAACAUCUCCAUCAUUGUCGGCCUCGCUGUGGGAUGCAUUGUCGCCGGCGCGGUGGGCUAUAUCGACGGCAGCAGUAUUUCCUCUGCACCAGCGAUUACGUUCUUGUGGGUCCAUACUUUCAAGAUCAGAGUUUAUCCGCCUGCUAUCCUGCCCAUGUUGGCAGUUUACAUUUCCGUGGCGAUGGAGGCGAUUGGAGAUAUCACAGCAUCUGCGGAGGUAUCACGCGUCGCUGUCGAUGGAGAGGAGUUUGACUCGCGGAUACAAGGCGGCGUUCUGAGUGAUGGUGUGGGCGGGUUCAUCUCUGCGCUGUUCACGGUAGCGCCGCUGUCGCUCUUUGCUCAGAAUAAUGGUGUCAUCGCUGUCACGCGUUGUGCGAAUCGUACCGCGGGGAGAUGGUGCUGCUUCUUCCUGAUCCUCUUCGGUGUCUUAGGCAAGAUCUCGGGUGUCUUCCUCUCCAUACCGAAUCCGGUCCUGGGCGGCGUGACGACCUUCUUGUUUUCAAGCGUCGCUGUUUCGGGCCUUCGCGUCCUCGCAUACACCAGAUUCACUCGUCGCGAUCGUUUCGUCCUUGCCGCGUCGCUCUCCUUCGGCAUCGCAGACCUGCUUGUGCCCGACUUCUUCACUUACCUGUUCGACGGUGUCAAGAACCCAAGCAGCGGCCUGGAGGGCUUACUUGACUCGAUUGAGAUCGUGUUGACAACACCCUUCCUUGUGUCGGGUAUCACCGCACUCGUGUUAAACCUUAUCCUGCCAACGGAUGACAUGCAAGUCGACGAUGACGAUGACCAUGCCGAAAUUGUUGAUGUUGAGGUGGAUGGUCAUGAGAUGAAGGGCACUCAUUAG